GGGGCGGGGCCACAGGCGGCCAUGGCGACGUGCGGCGGCGGAGCCGGGACUGGCCCCGCUCCCGGUCCCGCUGCGGGCGGAGCGGGCGGGCGGAGGGGCCCGGCGCUGAUUUGGGCUGAAAACAAGAGGCUGAACAAGGGGACGGAUACGGUGGAGAAAAGGGGACCAUACAUCAUGAGCAAACCUCCCUCCAUUCAGGCCAAGCUGAAGAGGCAGCGUGAGCUGGUGAAGGCAGCUCUGCGAAGGCAGGGGCUGCUGGGGGGACCCACCACCCCGAAAUCGGCACCUAAAAGGUCGGUGAAGUUUAACAAGGGCUACACUGCACUCAACCAGACAGCUGAUGAGAACCUGGUCUCCCUCGACUCAGACAGUGACGGGGAGCCAGGAUCCAGAUGUUCCUCAGGAUACUCCUCUGCCGAGCAGGUGAACCAGGACCUGAGCCGGCAGCUGCUGCAGGAUGGGUACCACCUCGACGAGGUCCCCGAUGAUGAAGACCUGGAUCUCAUCCCCCCAAAACCAGUUGCUUCCUCUUCUUGCCCCUGUUGUUUCGGAGAAAAUCUCUCCUGUGUGAUCCAAUAGGUGCACAAGAACAGGUCAAAAUCCAGCACUUUCUUUGUCCCGUGGGACGGCUGUUGCUGUCUGUGUCCCAUGCUGGGAUGGUGACACAAUGACUGAACGAUUCUGCUUAUGGCAGAGACCAACUGACCCCACAGGACUUUUCUUUACACUCAGCAAUAUCAGGGAGAGGUGGCAUGGUGACAUUUUGGUGGUCUGGAUGGGACCUCUCACCUGCUGGGGUGGGAAAGAAGAGGCAGAGCCUGGCACCUCCAUGGAGGUGUAAAGGGAAGGAGUUAGGAGGUGCUGGGUUUGGGGCUAAUGGCUUGUUCCUGUUCUCCCCAGUGCUGCUUUGAUGCAGGUGGGGGACUGCCUAGACCCCCCCAUACCAGCUCCACACAGGGUUUGGAUGUGGGGGCCUGGGGACUUUGCUGCAAACCUUAAAAGCUGCCUUAAACCAUGGUCCUGCUCUACACCCUAGAGGACAAUCAGCUGCUUCAGUACAGAAACCUUAUUUAAAUAUUUCAUGUCUAGAGACCUGAACUGUUGGGGUUUUUUGUUUGUUUGUUUGUUUUGUUUGCUUCUGGGGUUUUGCUUUUGUACUUUACUUGUUAAAGGGAGCACUCAAUAAACUGAAUCUCAUUA